AUGGCCUGCAGACCAACACCAUUGUUCUCCACUGGAAGGUGGCUGCCGAACUGGGCCAAUGUGAGUCCAGCUGAGGCGUGGGAGCUCGCGUACGACCUGGCGGAGGGCACGGUCCGCCCGCCCGCGAAGAUCUCUCUUCCGCCAAACGUCCCCCCUCCGCCGCACCUGGAGGACUGCGCGGCGCGCACUGCGUUCCGCGAGUCGACGGAGAAGCGCGCGGCGAACGGGGAGUCGCCCAAGUGGUCCAACUCGUCCGAGGCGUGCGGAUGGGUGCCCCAGCCGCCUUGGGUCCGGGGACCCGACGCGGGCAACCUGGCAGGAACGCGGAAGGCGCAGCGCGACCUGUGGGAGCUGCAGUUCCCCGCAUCAUGCAAGGAGCGGAAGCUGCUGCUGGUGGAGUGGCCGCCGGUGAAGGGGUACGGGCUGGGGUCGCAGCUGCACAUCAUGACGUCGCUCUUCAGCUUCGCUGUCAACUCCAACCGCACCUUCGUGAUCAAGCCCGGCUCCUACGUGCGCGCCAACCACUCCGAGUGCCAAGCGCUAGGCAAGGCAGGGACGUUCGAGUGCUACUUCUUCCCCAUGGUAUCCAAGGAGUGCGAGGACAUAGCCAUGGCGGAGCACAACGCAGGCCGCAUCCCGGCCUGCUCUGGCAUAGGAGGCCUGGAGCACGUGGCCAGGUCUCAAGACCUCGUGUUGUGCGCCACAGGCUACGAGAUCCUUAAGCACCGCUCUGCUGCCAGGGAGUGGGGUGACGCGUACCUGCAGCGGCCCAACGUGGUGGAGCUCGCAGGCUCCAUGCACCCUAUCACCCCCGAUCAGCAACAGGUGCACUGGUGGCGAGCGCAGGCGAUCCGCUUCAUGCUGCGCUGGCCCUCGGCAUACAUGUGCCACAUCACCAACCGCGUGCGCCACAACGCGUACGGCCAACAGAUCGCCAUCCACAUGGUCAGCACUGCAGCCGAGCAGGAAGCCAUUAUUAAAGCCAUCAAGCCCGAUGACUCCCGCAAGGGCCUCUCGAUUAACUACGACCAGGAGGUCAACACGCUCUCACACGUGAAUUACUCCAUGCCAAACCUCGAGAGUGAGGUCUGGCCGGGCCUGGACUAUGCAGGGUGUUCGCUAGACAACCAUACAGAUCCCCAGGCGCCGAAGCACGCAGCUGAUUCCGUGUAUGAGGGAGUGGGCGGGGAGCCGUAUAUCCCGCGGCCGAUUGUGAGCAUGCACGUGCGGCAAGGAGACAAGGCGCGCGAGAUGCAACUGACCUCGUUCCCCUCGUUUGUGUUCAUGGCCAAUAGGCUCAGACGGAGGAUACCGCACCUCAAAUACGUGUGGCUCAGCACUGAAAUGCAGAGUGUGGUAGACCAGGCGGGGAAAUACAACGACUGGACCUUCUUCUACUCCACAAACCUCCGACAGACCGGCGCAAUCUCCAUUCUUCAAUACGAGGAGACUGUCGGGGUAGCAAAGCUUGCAGGGCUCAGCUUCGCCAACCUGCUCAUCUCAUCACAGGCGGAUUACUUUGUGGGAGUGCUGGGGUCCAACUGGAACCGGCUGAUUAAUGAGCUCAAGGCCACCAGUGGGAGGCUGUAUGCGGGUUAUGUGUCGGUGAAUUUCGACGAGUGGUAG